GGUAAAUUUGUCCAUUUAUCCCAACAUUAUAUAACUUGUGGAGAAACCAAACACCACCUUUAUGAUAUAGCAAUACAAAAAUACAAAAAGAGAUUAUGACGAUCAUGCCGAUAAAACAGUGAAACAAAUAUGAAAAUUGCUUCUAACUUACAAAAAGACAAUUUUUUUUGUGGAUUUUCGCAAUCUUUGGUUUAUACAAAUUAGAAUCUUUGGGUUAUAAAUGGAGGGUCAAAACUUAUAGGCGCACAAAAAUAGUGAUGGAGAAGGAACUAUGUGUCAUUUCCCCUAUAUCAGGUGGCUUUCAGCAUGCACAUGCUUACCAGACUGUCCUUGCUCCCAGAGGCGGAGUUACAAUAUUAGAAUUUGGUCGAAAAGGAACUGAUGAGGAACUCCCACAUGUACGUCAAAAAAGAAAAAGUAAACGAGUAGCUGCGACAAUUGAUUCAGCUGUUGAGCCACGGCGUUCUUCCCGCUUCCGUGGACUGUCAAAUAGAAGGAACGGCAUAUCAGGGGAAAAGUUAAACUCAGGCGAGUUUGACUGCUACGUGAAGAAUAUAUGGAAGGAACUACCAGACGAUAAGAAAAGUUCAUUUUUAUGCCUUGACUCCGUGUGGUUUUCCUCAUACACAAUCAAAACAUUCAAGCCUACAGUGUUGAGGUGGAUUAAGAACAAAGACAUAUUCUCGAAGAAAUAUGUUUUUGUUCCCAUCGUUCUCUGGGGUCAUUGGUGUCUUUUGAUCUUUUGCCAUCUCGGCGGAAGUUUAGAGUCAGAAUCCACAACUCCCUGUAUGUUGUUGCUGGAUUCGUUGCAGAUGGCGAACCCCUGGCGAUUUGAACCCGAGAUAAGAAAAUUUGUUUCAGACAUAUUCGAGAUUGAAGAGAGACCAGAGAGCCGGCAACUGAUUAAAAAAAUCAAGUUAUUGGUUCCUAAGGUACCACAGCAGAGAAAUGCUACCGACUGCGGUAGAUUUGUUUUGUGCUACAUUAGCCUUUUCCUAGAGAGUGCUCCGGAAAAUUUUAGCAUUUCAGAAGGCUACCCUUACUUUAUGAAGGAAGACUGGUUUACUCCUGAGCAGUUAGAGAGCUUUUGGCAAAAACUGCAGACUCAGAUCAAGGAUUCUUCUGAAGGCAUCUUCCCAGGUUCUGCGGACACGAAGGACUCAGCAUUUUCUGAUGGAAGCCUCUCAGGUUCUGAGGAUGUUAUAGUUUUAGGUAUAGAGAAGGAAAGCAAGAGGGGCAAUAUAGCCAUAUAGGUUGUUUUUGUUAUAACAAUAGGAUACUAUUGCUAUGGCUCAUUGGGAUAUUUAAGAUUGUCUUAUUCGUUCUAUAUACAUUCUCUUCAUUUUUUUUUU